AUGUCAUCACAGAAAACUUGUAAAAAGAUUGACGAUAGUUGUAACGAAAUGAAUGUGUUGUUAGAGCCUUGUUUUUUCAAAAUUGAUUUUACAAGACCAACUUUUGGAGAUAAAUGGGGUUUAGAUACGUGGCAAAUUCCCAAAUGUAUGUGUAGUCAAGAUUUUUAUAAUAAUCUUGUUUCUUGUGGAAAAUCGUGUGAUCAAGCUAUUGACGAACCAUCAAAAUUUGAAUCCGAUUGUAGAAUUGGCAAUCACCCAAUACAACUCGAAAAAGGAGGAAAAACAAAUGAAACGCCGCAAAAGAACGAUACAAAUGCAAACCAAAUUCCCACAUCAAAUAAUAGUACAUCAAAUUCGAAUUCGAAUUCAUCGCCUCUAAGUUUAGUUGCAACGAUUGGAACUGUAGUAGGAGGUUUAACAGGAAUUGUGGGAUUAAUUACCGCACUUAUUAAACUUAGAAAGAAACUUAAAGAAAGAAAUAAUAACAAUAACAAUGUCAUUUAA